AUGGCGUCGACGGUAGGAGUUCCUUCUCUUUACCAGGUUCCUCACCUCGAAAUCUCUAAACCCAAUUCCAAGAAGAGGUCUGGUUGCUUAGCUCUCUCUCUCGAUAAGCCUUUCUUCACUCCCAUUUCUCUUCGAAGAACUCGCCUUAUCCACUCCUCUUCCUCUUCUCUUUUCGUUCCUUCCGCCGUCGCAACCCCUAAUUCCGUUCUCAGUGAGGAAGCUUUCAAGAGCCUUGGUCUCUCUGACCACGACCAACUCGACCUCGGCUCCGACAACGAUGAUGUCGAAGAACUCGCUAUCUCCAAACUCGGUUUGCCUCAGCGUCUUGGUGAGUCUCUCCAGAAGCGUGGUAUUACUCAUCUCUUCCCCAUUCAGAGAGCUGUGUUGGUUCCUGCACUUGAAGGACGAGAUAUCAUAGCUCGUGCUAAGACAGGAACUGGAAAGACUUUAGCUUUUGGUAUCCCUAUUAUCAAACGUCUCACUGAACAAUCUGGAGACUACUCUGCUUUCAGGAGGUCUGGUCGUCUUCCUAAAUUCCUUGUCCUUGCGCCUACCAGAGAACUAGCUAAGCAAGUGGAGAAGGAGAUUAAGGAGUCUGCACCUUAUUUGAGCACUGUUUGUGUAUAUGGUGGAGUUUCUUAUAGCAUUCAGCAAAGUGCUCUGACUCGUGGUGUUGAUGUUGUUGUUGGAACUCCUGGAAGGAUCAUUGAUUUGAUCGAAGGAAGGAGCCUCAAACUGGGAGAAGUUGAGUAUUUGGUACUUGAUGAAGCUGAUCAGAUGCUUGCUGUUGGGUUUGAGGAGGCUGUUGAAUCGAUUCUUGAGAAUCUCCCGACGAAGAGACAAAGCAUGCUUUUCUCAGCAACUAUGCCUACUUGGGUCAAGAAGUUGGCUAGGAAGUACCUUGACAAUCCCUUGAACAUCGAUCUGGUUGGAGAUCAAGAUGAGAAGCUCGCUGAGGGGAUCAAACUUUAUGCAAUCUCAGCCACAUCAACAACAAAACGCACUAUCCUAAGCGACCUUAUCACUGUGUAUGCAAAGGGUGGCAAAACCAUUGUUUUUACCCAAACAAAAAGAGAUGCAGACGAGGUUUCUCUAGCGUUGUCAAAUAGCAUUGCUUCUGAAGCUCUGCAUGGAGAUAUAUCCCAGCAUCAAAGAGAGAGAACACUCAACAGUUUUCGCCAAGGGAAAUUCACAGUUCUUGUUGCCACCGAUGUUGCAUCUCGUGGACUUGACAUCCCCAACGUGGAUCUCGUUAUCCACUAUGAACUUCCUAAUGAUGCAGAGACGUUUGUGCACCGUUCUGGUCGUACCGGACGUGCAGGGAAACAAGGCUCUGCCAUUCUCAUGCACAGCAGCAGCCAAAAGAGAACAGUGAGGUCUCUGGAGCGUGACGUAGGCUGCCAUUUUGAGUUUAUUAGCCCCCCAACCGUUGGAGAGAUUUUGGAAGCUUCGGCAGACCAAGUGGUUGCCACCCUAAAUGGUGUUCACCCCGACUCUAUUAAGUUUUUCUCAGCAACUGCUCAAAAAUUAUUCGAGGAAAAAGGAACAGAUGCCUUAGCUGCAGCUCUAGCUCACCUGAGUGGUUUCUCUCAGCCGCCUUCAUCGAGAUCUCUCCUCAGUCAUGAGCAGGGAUGGGUGACUUUGCAGUUGAUACGAGAUCCAACAAAUGCUAGAGGCUUCCUGUCUGCAAGGUCUGUAACUGGUUUCCUUUCCGAUGUUUACCGUCCAGCUGCAGAUGAAGUUGGUAAAAUCUUCUUGAUCGCAGAUGACAGGGUGCAAGGAGCUGUUUUUGAUCUACCAGAGGACAUCGCGAAAGACCUUCUAGAGAGAGAAGUGCCAGAAGGAAACAGUUUAUCCAUGAUAACGAAGUUGCCUCCACUGCAAGAUGAUGGACCGUCUAGCGAUAACUAUGGACGGUUCUCUAGCAGAGAUAGGAUGCCUAGAGGAGGUUCUAGAGGAGGGUCAAGAUCUGGUGGUAGAGGAGGAUCAUCACGAGGCCGUGAUAGUUGGGGAGGUGACGAUGACAGAGGAAGUAGAAGCAGGGGUGGUGGAGGAAGCAGCUGGUCCCGUGGUGGUGGUUCUUCCAGAGGAAGUUCUGAUGAUUGGUUGAUUGGUGGUGGUAGUAGCAGAAGAUCAUCAUCAAGCGGCAGAUUUUCUUCAGGAGAAAGGAGUUUUGGAGGUUCUUGCUUCAUUUGUGGGAAAUCAGGGCACAGGGCAACAGAUUGUCCUGACAAGAGAGGGUUUUAA